ACCAGAUCAAGAGAUUUCAUCUCCAUUCCCCAUCGAGACGAAGAGUUCAAAUUCAAUCUUACCUUAUAAUUCUGCAAUUAAGCCAGAUUUUGUUUUAUAACUUGUCACGGGUACCUUUCGCUUGCUCCAAUCCUGGCUCCGCCGCUGUCCACACGAUCUGCUGUGCCGACGGCGACGGGACAAAAGAAGCCACGGCGAGCAGAUUGUUUUCUCUCUGUUUGUUGGUGGCUUGUUUGGGGAUUAUUUAUGUGCUGUGGCUGAGGAAAUCAUCUCACAAAGACUACGAACUAGAGCAAGCAAACAACAGUUCAAUAAAAGACAUGAAGUUCAUCUAGGCGAUCGUUGACCAAGAGGAAAUGAAUGCACACGAGUUUGAUUUGAGUUGCCCCCCAUAGGAUUUUUUGCCCGGGUGGUAUUAGAGAUUAUUUUUUGAAAAAUAUGUGUGGCUUUAACUGAAUUCCCCGUCCCAUCAUUUAGUCGGUGCCUGUCGAUGUUCCUGAUCUUGUGGGUGCUAGUGAUUCAUUGAUUCCCCUACAUAGUACUGCUACAUGAUACUACCAGUUGCUAAUUGCUCCAAUUUGACAUUGGCUGGUUGCCUUCUGAACUACUGAAUUAUAGUUCGGCCACAAUUUGACAUUUCCGUUGAUCUUUUGUUGUAAGAAAUGCAGACCCCUUGCCCGGGGGAGGAUAAGUUUUUUGCAAACUCAAGUACUCCCUCUGUCCCAAAAUAAGUGUCGCUGAUUUAGUACAACUUUGUUCUAAUGUUGUACUAAAUCAGGGACACUUAUUUUCGGACGGAGGGAGUAUUAGUUUAGCACCAGUACUUGAUUAAUAUAUUUUGGUACCUCUUUUAAGCUGCAGAAACUGAUCGGGUAUUUUGUUUUUGUGAUGGAUACCCUCUCCCUCUUAUUUUGUAAUCCGGAUGAAAUUGUAGGUGACUCAUUCCUGGGCAGGUGCUGCUUGUUGCAUAAUAUGAUACGCUCUUUAUUUUUUGACCUCAUAAUAUGUUACACUCUUGCUUUCACUACGUUCUUCUCUCUCUGUCAUAUACAGUAUGCUGUUUCGUAAGGUAAUAUGUUGCAUAUAUUAUUAUACCAAAGUCUUGAUAUACACCUUUUGUAAUUGCAUGUAUUUCACUUUUUUCGCGAGAUGUAUUUCACAUUUCAACAACGUACAAUAUAUGGAAAUAUAAAUGCUCAAUUGCUGUUUCUUUUGCCUUAUUGCAGUAAAUGAGAUUAUGAGUUCCAUUUGAAAGGUAGUUCAUGAACACAGUGCUAACCAUGUCUGGUAUCGAUGGUGAGGAACCACAUUCAGAGGUUCAUCAGUUUAUGAACAGAGCAGUAGCUAUGUCAGAUAUGGAUGUUCAGGAACCACCUUCAGAGGUUUCUAUUGGUCCAUCACGGUCAGUGAAUAUAGUUGAUGAGGACGAUGAUUGGGUUAUAGUCAAGAAACAGCGGAUCACCAUAUUGAUCCCUCCACUAUCACCUGCGGCUGCAAGCCCUCAAGCUGGCACACCCAUAGUAAGUUCUAGACAGGUUAGCCUACCAAGAAUGAGCAGGAGAAACUGCAAUGCUGCCACAAAGAAGCAUCCAAAACAUUUUUCUACAAAGAAAUCUUUGGAGGGCCUUGGCGUCGAUACCAAUAUCAAGAAAGCUCGAACUUGCCCUUCUGAAAGAAUUGUUCAUCAAGAUGAUGCAAAGAUGAAGGGAGAAUCGUCACGAAGUGCUGCUGCCCCUGUUGUAAGGUCUGAAUGGACUAAACAUGCAGAUCAUGCUGUUGAAGGAUUGUCCCAUCAAGCCACAGAGAAAGCAACAAGUCCACUCGGAAACAUGUAUGAUCCUGGGCUGCCAGUUAUUUCUUCGAAUGUCACAAAUAAGGUACUGCGAGCACGACUUCUUCAGAGACGGGUUGCUCGGUUUGGUGGGCUGAGGAAUUGGCUUUUGACUUGCGGUCUUGGAUGGUUUGUCAAAAUAUUGGACAGUGAAGGUAUUGGGAUGUAUCAGAUGGUCUCCCUUACAAUGAACCAGCUGAAAGAGAUGGGCCUUAUUGCCGUAGGACCCCGGAGAAAAUUAAUCCAUGCUAUUGACAGUCUCUGCAAGCCCGGUCAGUUUGAGAUGUUUUCUUGAUCUCAAGUGUGUUUCGGUUUGUUAGAUGUUUUGAUGCUAGUCAGUUCAAUGACUGCAGCCGUAUGCAUAUGUCUUGAGUGGUUUGAUGCUCUGUUGUAACUUAGAACAGAAAAUGCAACUAAUGCUAUAAAAGCUUUAAGUUGAAAAUUAGAAGACUA